AUGGAGCUAGAAAAUAACACACAGUUCUCAGAAUUCAUCCUCCUGGGACUUUCAGAUGAACCAGAGGUGCAACCCGUUCUGUUUGGGAUUUUCCUCUCCAUGUACUUGAUCACAGUCUUGGGGAACCUGCUCAUUAUUCUGGCCACCAUCUCCGACCCCCAUCUCCACACACCCAUGUAUUUCUUCCUCUCCAAUCUGUCCUUUUCGGACAUUUGCUUCACCUCCACCACCGUCCCCAGGAUGCUGGCCAACAUCCACCUGCAGAGCCGAGCCAUCAGCUAUGCUUCCUGCCUUACCCAGAUGUACUUCUUCAUCCUUUUUGCAGAACUGGACAUCUUCCUCCUGUCCGUGAUGGCCUAUGACCGCUUUGUAGCCAUCUGCCACCCACUGCAUUACACGGCCAUCAUGCAUCCCCGCCUCUGUGGCCUCCUCUUGCUCCUCUCCUGGAUCCUGAGUGUCCUGGACUCCAUGAUCCGGGGUCUCCUAGUGCUGCGAUUGUCCUUCUGUGCCCAUGUGAGGAUCCCGCACUUCUUCUGUGAAAUCAACCAAGUCCUUCAACUGGCCUGUUCUGACAACCUCCUCAAUAUGAUCGAGAUGUAUUUCGCCACGGUGCUCAUGGGCAUCAUCCCCCUCUCAGGCAUUGCUUUUUCCUACUCUCAGAUUGUCUCUUCCAUCUUGAGGAUGACAUCCGCCAAGGGGAGGUACAAAGCAUUUUCUACCUGCGGGUCCCACCUCUCCGUGGUCUCCCUGUUUUAUGGGACGGGUCUGGUGGUGUACCUCAGCUCUGCUGCCACCCAGAACAACAGGGCCACUGCCAUUGCUUCGGUGAUGUACACGGUGGUCACCCCCAUGCUGAACCCCUUCAUCUACAGCCUCAGGAAUAAAGACAUCAAGGAGGCCCUGAGAAGUUUUGUGAGCAAAGCACCUUUCAAGCCAUUUGCCUUGGGGUGA